UUUACAUAUAUUGCAAGUCGCCGGUGAGAUGCGUCAUAAUCAAUACCCUACAGAUAGCCUUAGUCUAUGAAGACAUUUACUAAAUAGUGUACUUAAAAAAAAUAUAUAUUAUUGUUUAUAGGAGCAUAGCUAUAACAACAACUUCACAAAGUAAGGUAGGCUAUAAUUUUAAAUGAAUUAUUUGCAUUAGCCUAUUUAAAGAAAAAGGCCACAAUUGAGGCUGUGCAACAUAGGAUGACAGCCUAGCAGUAGAAUAUUUGCAUAAUUGGACUUGAACGAUUAGGAUCCAUACUGGCCAAUGUAAUUGAUUUUUCUUCAUGGAUGCUCAAGAAGAGAUGUCUGUGAAGGAUACCGCGGGAGCGGAGUCCCCGGACAGCAUCGAAGACAGACCCCCAGCAAUUUAUAAGAAACAAACAGCCUUCAGACUAGCAGGUCCUCUCAUCUCCUGCAGCGACACCAAGCCUCCAGUCUCAGAGAGACAGAGAGAAGUGAGGACAGCGAGGUGGAAUCCCUUCAAACUCCCGGCAGACAACAUCUUCCUCCUGAGAAACAAGGAAAAUGAACAAAGGAAGCUGGAGCGCCAGCGACAGAAGACGCUGAAGGUCCAUGAGAAGUCCACUUAUGCUGGGAGGAUACAGGCCAAGCAGGCUAACCUGAGGCAGGAGCUGAGGCAGGGGCAGAAUGAGUUGUACUCCACCUCCUGCAGCAGGGCUGUGUCCACCCUCAGGGAUGAUCCGGCAUGGAGGAAAGCUGCCGUCCUGAGUGAGUGCCCAUCAGGCCUUUCAUGA